AGGAACUGCCACCCCUGCCUCCCUCCCACAAGCUCUCUCUCUCUUUCUCUCUCUCUCUUUUAGACCCACACACAUUCUCAUGCUUGUUCUCUCGGUUCAUUUAUCUCGGUGCGGUGUUUGACAGCGAGCGUGUGUGCCUCUGGACGGGCUGUUUCAGCGUGGAUGCUCUCUGGGCUCAUCUUUUCCUCACUUCUAUAUUCUGUAUCUGGGGCGGGACGUUUACCCACAUUGAUCUUCUGGGAUCUGGCUUCACCUCCAGCUCAGGAUGGAAGCAGUAGCUCUUUACAACUUUUGUGCCACGGAAAGCGACGAGCUUAGCUUUCAGAAGGGAGAUGUACUCAAGAUCACUAAUAUGGAAGAUGAUCCUAACUGGUACACAGCAGAGUUGGUAAACAGGAAGGGCUAUGUACCUAAAAAUUACAUCAGCUUAAGGCCGCACAAGUGGUUUGCGGGCCGUAUUUCCAGACAUGUGGCCGAGAAUCGACUGCGCCAGCAGGAGUGUGGAAGCUUCUUAGUAAGAGAGAGCGAGAGCGCACCUGGAGAAUUCUCCAUGUCUGUGAGCUAUGGGGAUCAUGUACAGCAUUUCAAAGUGUUAAAGGACAGAGAUGGCUAUUACUUUGUUUGGGAGGAGAUCUUCCCUUCCUUAAAUCAGCUUGUGGACUUCUACAAGGUCAACAGCAUAGCAAAGGAAAGAACUGUGUUUCUGAGAGAUGCAGAUCACACACUAAAGAGGCCCCAUCACGCACAUGCCCUGUUUGACUUCAAUCCAGAGCACAACUCCCAGCUGCACUUCCUGCGGGGUGAUGUCAUAGACCUGCUGGACUGCUCCGAUUCUCAGCGAUGGAAAGGUCGCUGCCGUGGCCGUGUGGGAUUUUUCCCCCCUGAGUACGUCCAGCCCAUCUAUCACUGACCCCGAAGGACGAUAACGACACAAAAUGCAGCACAAAUCAGAAACCGAUUGUUAGCAUCUUUUAGUGGUUUAAUGCAAGUGGAAGGAUCGAGCUGAGUAAGUUUGGAAAUGACUUUGCAAACAGACAGAAAUGAACGUACCCAGCCACAUCUACUAAAGCAAAAUCCUGCUGUUGACACUAAGAUGACACCUGUUGGCUUUUUAGGAAAAACACCCUAAACUAUCAAGCACCAUUAAAAAAAAAAUCUUCAAACAUACACUGGUGCAUUGAAAUGCAAAAGGGGAUUUUUAAUAGUAUUAGUAAAAUCUCUUCACUGCACUUUGCUUUGAAAUUUGGAUAUUAACUCAAAAACCUCUUUAAUCAAUUGCUAUAUUUAUUGCACUUUUUUCUGUGUAUAUAUUGUUCAGAACUGUCAUUGUCUUAUUUUGAUUUGAUUAUGUAAAUGUUACCAUAUGAUGACAAAAAAUAUAUGUACAAUAAAAUAAUAGCGUGCAUA